AGCUGUUACAUUCUUUUCAGCUCUUACAUUAGGUUUUGUUUUAUCUAUCUCAGGUAGUUUUUUUUGACAGUUUCUCCAUACUACGUAAUGUAGUAAACAUACUAAGUGUUAAGAGUGUUUUUCCCUCAUCAUAGCACACUGUUCUUGCUUUAGCUUCUCUGAAAUCUGUAGUUUUACAGUUUCCUUUCACUGGAGCUCAGAGACACAAACCCUGUUCCAUCAUGACAACGUCCCUGUACACAAAGCACAGAGCUCCAUGAAGACAUGGUGUGUGAAGGUUGGAGUGAAGAACUCGAGUGUCCUGCACUGAGCCCUGACUCUGACUCAACACCACUGAACACCUUUGUGAUGAACUGGAACACAGACUGAACCCUAGACCUCCUCACUCUUACAUCAUCAGUGUCUGAUCUCACUGAUGUUGUAUAUAACUGGACAAAAUGAAAAGAUAUCCUCAUGGGAGACUUCACUCCCAUGGUUAUUAGUGACAGCACUGUUAUGAAGAGGUGAUGGGAGGACUUGGCCACACAGGCAAGAAUGAUGAGACACUCAUGCUGGGAAAUGCUCAAAAUCAUGGAAUUCCUGUUUCUAAAUUCCCCCUUGCUCUGAAUUAAGAAAUACAACUCAUCUGGCUAGUGUGAAGCUUCAGCAAUUUUGUUGUUUAUCCUCUUAGAUACAGUUUUACUCCCUAAUUCUGUUCUGUCUUUCUCUAUCUUUUAAGUUUCUUCACAGUUCAGCUAAGAAGGGUUUUGUUCAGUUUUCCACAGUUGAAGGUCAAUUACAUGUCAACUACAUGCUCAUUAAGGCAGGAUCUUUUAUCUGGGACAUCCAGGAACAUCCAGGAACUAACUACUUGUACAAACAGCAUUUUUAAGUUUGUACCAAUGAUUUAUAAAUAUUUAUUUCAACACAUUAUUCUGACUGAUACAGUCCAGGAGGGUGAAUACUUUCGCAAACCACUGCAAUGUGAAUGCAGCAUUACAUUCAACACAGCUCCAGAUCUUCAUAAACACCUUUCUAAGGACUACAGAUCUGCAGAUCUGAUGCCCACAGAAAUGAAUAUCCUGAAUUGAGCAGAUGUGGUAUUAACAUUUGUCCUGGUCAGUGGGCGUGGCUAUUUAAAUUUAUGUUUCAGUCCCUGGUGUUUCUUUUGAGAAUGGAAUUUAAAUAUAAAUAGUUUAUGACUUUUUAUUUAAUUUUUAAUAACAAAAGAAGCCUGAGAAAUGUUAAAUGGUGCAACAUUAACAUCCCGAAGAAACCCCAGCCCGCCUGCCUCAACGACUCCCGCCCUGUAGCUCUGACCUCAGUAGUGAUGAAGUGCUUCGAGAGACUGGUUAGAGACUUCAUCACUGCAUCACUACCAGACACACUGGAUCUACUACAGUUCGCAUACCGCCAGAACCGCUCUACUGAGGACGCCAUUGCUCAUCUUCUCCACACCACAAUGAGCCACCUGGACUGCAGGAAAGGGAAUUAUGCAAAAAUGCUGUUUGUGGACAACGGCUCAGUGUUUAACACCAUAAUUCCCUCCACGCUCACCUCUAAGUUGGAGGUCCUAGGACUCAGCCUGCCGCUGUGUCAAUGGAUCUCCAACUUCCUGACAGACAGACCACAAGCCGUACGGGUGGGCAAACACACCUCAUCCACAUUCACCCCCAGCACUGGAGCUCCCCAGAGUUGUGUUCUGAGCCCCCUGCUGUAUUCACUGUACAUGUAUGACUGUGUGGCCACUUCCAACUCCACCACCAUUAUCAAGUUUGCUGACGACACUAUUGUGGUGGGCCUGAUCUCCAACAACGACGAGACGGCCUACCUACAGGAGACUAAAAACCUGGAGAGAUGGUGGCAGGAGAACAAUCUUCUCCUGAACUUCAGCAAGACUAAGGAGUUGAUAGUGGACUUCAGCACAAAGCAGGAGCGGUCAUACCAACCGCUAAAUAUCAUCGGGACCCCAGUGGAGAGAGUGAACAGUUUCCGGUACCUAGGUUUUCACAUCACACAGGACCUGUCUUGGUCCUGUCACAUCAACACCCUGGUGAAGGAGGCCCAGCAGCAUCUGUACCACCUGAGACGCUUAAGGGACUUCAAACUACCUUCUCAGGUGCUAGAGACUUUCUACACCUGCACCAUUGACAGCGUCCUGACGGGUAGCAUCACUUCCUGGUUCAGAAACAGCACCAUGCAGGACAGGCGAGCCCUCCAGAGGGUGGUGCGGUCAGCUGAAUGUACCAUCUACACCGAGCUCCCUGACCUGCAGGACAUCUACAGCACGCGGUGCCGUACCAGGUCCAGGAAGAUUGUAAAGGAUCUCAGCCAUCCCAGCAAUGGACUCUUUUCUUUGUUGCGUUCAGGGAAACGCUUCCACUCCUUGAAAGCAAACACAGAGAGAAUGAGGAGAUGCUUCUUCCCGCAGGCCAUUCGCAGUCUAAAUCAGGAAACAUCCAGGAUCUAGGAUCUAGUACUGGACCUCUCCCUCCAUCUUCACAGUUUUUCUGCACACCUUUUUUGCACUGACACUUUAACUCUGGACUGUGACUUUAACUCUGGACUGUCCACUUUAUACACACCAUACUGCACAUGGACACUUUAAGGACAAUCAUUAAAAACCAUACACAUUUAUGUAUAUUUAUAUACAUUAUUUUUCCACAUAUAUUUUCAC